AUGGAUAACGUGAAACUGGCGCUCUCCGCCAUGUACUCGCCCACAGCAGGUCAAGACGAAAAGAAGUUGGCCACUAACUUCUUGGAGCUGUUUCAGAAAUCCCCCGAGGCAUGGGAAGUAUCACACACACUUUUGUCUGAUCCAUCCCAACCUCUUGAAUUCCGAAUGUUUGCCUCUCAGACACUCAGAUCGAAAGCCACGUUUGACUUGCUGCAACUUCCUGAAGAGGCGGUAUUGCAGUUGAAAAACUCUAUGCUUGAUCUUCUCAUUACCUAUGCAUCCAAAGAUAAGUUGAUCAGAACGCAACUAUCUUUGGCUCUCUGCCAGUUAGCCCUCCAAUUCUUGCAGUGGGGAAAUCCCAUGGGCGAUAUUACCUCACAACUUUCGUCGUCUCCCGAACUUUUGCCUGCAUUGUUGGAAUUCCUUAAGAUCUUACCCGAAGAGCUUACUGAGCUGAACAAAACUCCAUUGACCGACGACGAAUUCAACGCACGCACGCAGUUGCUUAUUUCCGAUAACGUUCCGCAUGUCCUUCUGAUGUUAAAGAAUUUGUCCGAACUGGGCACUGUCACCAAUGGUUUGCUUCUCGAGUGUUUGAAUAGCUGGGUCAAAGAGUGUCCCAUCGAGAGCAUGUUAACCAUUGACUCGCUAGCUAGCUUGAUUUUCAAGUCUUUGAUGGAUGAAGAUUUGUUCGAAAAAGCUUCUGAGUGCCUCUGCUCUGUUCUCAAGGAAACAAGAGACAUUGAUAACUAUCACCUCAUAGAUGCAUUGUACAAGCAGCUCUUGCAGGUACACGAGUUUUAUACUUCCCACCCCGAGAGGUUGCAAGAUCCAGAGAUUGUCAGUGCUCUCACGAAGCUUUAUGUGGAAGCAGGAGAAGCCUGGAAUGUUCUUAUUGCUAAGAAUGCCGAACACUUCAAACCUUUAGUCGCCAUCAUCUUAGAGUGUUCAAAAUACGAUGAAGACUUAGACGUGGUGAAGUAUACAUUCUUUUUCUGGUACCAACUCAAGCAGAUGCUCACGUUGCCUCGAUUUGAAAGCCUGAAGAAGGUGCUUCUGGAUAUAUACUUAGAGUUGAUCUCGGUCAUCAUCAAACAUCUCUGUUACCCACUUGACCAGGACGAUACCGACUUAUUCCACGGUGACCGCGAACAGGAAGAUAAAUUCAAGGAUUUCAGAUACGAAAUGGGUGACGUGUUGAAAGAUUGCUGUGCCGUUGUUGGAUCUCAAAAGGCAUUAAACGUUCCAUUCCAACAAGUUCAGACCUUUCUCUCUCAACAGCUGGCACAGUGGCAGCUCUUAGAAGCACCUUUAUUCAGUAUGAGAGUUAUGGCCAAAGAGGUGUCACCCAAGGAGAACACCAUCUUGCCCGUAAUUAUGAAUAUGCUCGUGCAACUUCCCGAGCAUCCAAAAAUCAGAUAUGCUACCACAUUGGUUUUGGGCCGUUACUCGGAGUGGACUGCAAAGCAUCCUGAGUACUUGGAGGUUCAGCUUAACUACAUCAUCAAAGGUUUUGAGAGUGCUACUCAAACUGAACGUGAUAUUUUCAGCGCCACGUCUCAAGCCCUCAUGUACUUCUGUCAGGACUGUUCAUCUUUGCUUGUUAACUACUUGGAUCAAUUAUUCAUGGUUUACCAGCAAGUUCAAAGCCACCUCGAUGUCAAGUCCACGUACGAUUUGGUGAAUGGCUUGGCUCAUGUUAUCAAGGAUUUACCGGAUUCUGAGCAAUACAAAGCAGCUGAGACCUUCUUGGCCCCCACAGUUUCUCGAUUGACCCAACUAAGUCAAAACGGAUCUCUACAGGAUGAUUCUAUUACUAGUGCAUUGCAUGACGAAGCUGAAGUGCUAAGCAUCUUUUUUAAUAUCUUGCGCUGUCAGAGCUUCGAAGAGCCUCAGUUUCCCGUGGCCAAUUAUUUUAUUGACAAGUUGUAUCCAUUGCUUUCGCAGAUUCUCCAGAAAUUCCAGAAAUCUCUCAAGGUUAGUGAGCACUUUGUUAAGAUAUUCAAGAACGUGAUACAAGGAUGCAGUGUAUUCCUUACACCUCUUCUUCCCCAGCUCACUGAUUUACUUCAUGAAGGAUUCAGAGAAACCUAUUUCGGAUGCUAUCUUUGGGUUACUGGAGUUGUAAUAAGGGAGUUUGGUGACGAAGUCAGUACUGGACAAACACAAAAUGCAGUUUACCAGUUUGGCUUGUCACAAAGUGCUCUUUUCUUUGAGUUGCUCAAGUCUAAUACUGAAUUGGAUAUCCGUGACAUUCCCGAUGUUAUCGAGGACUUUUUUAACAUGGCAAAUGACUUACUCAUGUACUUUCCUGCUAAGGUGGCAGGAAAUGGCCAGCUCAUGAGCUCAAUACUUGAAUCGGGAAUUACCUCCCUCACUACUAGUGAAGAGCAUAACCCAUUAAUGGCAUGUGUGCAUUUUUUCGUCGAUUACUUGUCGUGGGGUUCUCAGUACCCACCCAUUUCAUUCUACGAAGGAGACCCAGCGGAAGUUCAGCAGUAUGUUAGACAAUUUCUUAUGGCCGAGAAUAACGGUCAAAAAUUGGUCACUGCUGUUGUCAACGGACUCAUUUUUAAGUUUUAUAACGACCCUGACGGAAACGAUCUUCUUCUAAAGCUUUUAACUGUUACACCAGAUAUGGAAAAGGCUUUGUCUUGGUUGCACCAAGCAGUAAGUGCGCUUCCUAAUGUUAGUGAAAAGGAGGUUCAGAAGCUCAUGAACGCCACUGCUGUUGCACUUCCAAACAAAGAUAACCGCAGGAUCCGUAUGUCCAUUAAAGAUUUUGUCAGCUGGUAUACUCGCAAGAAUGUGAACUCCAGAGCAGCAUUUGCCUAA